CAGGGGUGCUGCAUGAGGGGCCGCAGGGGCGACCGCAUGACCAUCAACAUCCAGGAGCACAUGGCCAUCAACGUGUGCCCGGGGCCCAUCCGGCCCAUCCGCCAGAUCUCUGACUACUUCCCCCGCCGGGGACCAGGACCUGAAGGGGGCGGCGGGGGCUUCGGAGAGGCCCCUGCUCAUCUGGGCCCCCUGGCCCUGGCCCCCCCUGCAGCCCUCCUUGGGGCCACCACGCCCGAGGAUGGAGCUGAGGUGGACAGCUAUGACUCGGAUGACACCACCGCCCUGGGCACGCUGGAGUUUGACCUUCUCUAUGACCAGGCUUCCUGCACUCUGCACUGUAGUAUCCUCAGGGCCAAGGGCCUCAAGCCCAUGGAUUUCAAUGGCCUGGCCGACCCCUAUGUCAAGCUGCACCUGCUGCCUGGAGCCUGCAAGGCCAAUAAGCUAAAAACUAAGACUCAGAGGAACACGCUGAAUCCUGUGUGGAAUGAGGACCUGACGUACAGCGGAAUCACAGAUGAUGACAUCACCCACAAGGUGCUCAGGAUCUCCGUCUGUGAUGAAGACAAGCUAAGCCACAACGAGUUCAUCGGGGAGAUCCGUGUACCCCUCCGCCGCCUCAAGCCUUCACAGAAGAAGCAUUUUAACAUCUGCCUUGAGCGCCAGGUCCCGCUGGCUUCACCCUCUUCCAUGUCUGUGGCGCUGAGGGGCAUCUCCUGUUACCUGAAGGAGCUGGAGCAGGUGGAGCAGGGACCUGGGCUGCUGGAAGAGCGCGGGCGCAUCCUGCUGAGCCUCAGCUAUAGUUCUCGGCGCCGCGGGCUGCUGGUGGGCAUCGUGCGCUGCGCCCACCUGGCUGCCAUGGACGUCAACGGCUACUCUGACCCCUACGUCAAGACGUACCUGAGGCCAGACGUGGAUAAGAAAUCCAAGCACAAAACAUGUGUGAAAAAGAAGACUCUAAACCCGGAAUUUAAUGAGGAGUUCUUCUACGAGAUGGAGCUCUCCACUCUGGCCAGCAGAACUCUGGAAGUCACAGUCUGGGACUAUGACAUCGGCAAAUCCAACGACUUCAUCGGUGGCGUGGCCCUGGGGCCAGGCGCCCGGAGAGAGGCCCGGAAGCACUGGAGCGACUGUCUGCAGCAGCCGGACGCAGCUCUGGAGCGCUGGCACACCUUGACCAGCCAGUUGCCCCCGGCAGCCGGAGCCCUGCACUCAGCCUGAGGACAGCGGCCGCCCAGCACAGGGCCCUCAAGGCUGGGCCCAGUAGGCAGCCUUCGCACGAGUGUGUUGCACGUUUACACGGGGUGGAGGCCCCACCCCGCACUAUUUGUCUUGUUUCAUAAGUGUCUCCGUGACCGUGGGUCUGUCUUCUUGUGAGGGACUGUGGAGAUCUAUAUUCACAUAUGCAAACUUCCUCCUGCCUGACUCGCUACAACAGACAAAUAUGCAAACCACCCAUCCAGAGCACACCUGCAGGGGGGGAUCCCACAGUGGCCCUGCCCCAAGGACCCGGCUGCUGCUCCUCUCUCCUGCCUCUCCAGGCUGCCCGGCCCCCUCCCCUCCAGGGAGGAGGUCUGAUUAGGGGGGGUUUGGAGGAGGAGGUUUCCAAAAAUGAAAAUGACACACAAAAAAAGAGGCACUCCUUUAACGCAGAAUCUUCAUUAAAAAAAACACCACCACCGAGCCCUGUACAGCUGCCCUUUUAAGUGGGGGGGCCACUGCAGGGUCUCUGCCUCUCUGAGAGGUGGCAGAUGCUCCUGGCCCACUCAUUUAAAUAACUGUCCCCUGGAUUGGGCUGGGAUGUGAAGGCAGGGCCCCUGCCCUCCCUGGAGAGGGCCCACCUUCUGGGGGACAUUCAUGCAUGUUUACGCCUUUUCUGAUUGUGUCAGUGGCCUCAGCAUGGCAACCAGGCGUCAAUAAACGUCUCUGCGGAA